AUGGUAGAGCCGCUGGCAGACCUACCCAAAGUCGAGAAGAUGAGUAGCCGCGUCAUACGCGUGCUGGGCGGGAAUCCAAGCAAGUUCACGUUGCAAGGCACGAACACGUACAUCGUCGGGCAGGGCGCGCAACGCCUCCUCAUCGAUACCGGCGAGGGCAAGCCGGAAUGGAUACAAAGCCUCAAGAGCGUGCUUGAAGACGAGAACAUCACCAUUUCAAAGGCGCUGAUAUCGCACUGGCACCACGACCACACGCAGGGCGUGCCCGAGCUCCUCGCGCACUCGCCAUCCACCGUAGUCUACAAGCGCGACCCGCAGCCGGGUUGGGAGGACAUCAAAGAUGGGCAGACGUUCACGACCGAGGGCGCAACGCUGCGUGCGUAUUUCUGUCCCGGACAUACUACAGAUCAUAUGGCGUUUGUGCUUGAGGAGGAGAACGCCAUGUUCACGGCCGACAACGUUCUCGGGCACGGCACCGCUGUCUUCGAGGAUCUGGCUACUUACAUGAAGAGCCUGGAUGGUAUGGCUACGCAGUUUACCGGCCGGGCAUAUCCCGGCCACGGGCCCGUCAUUGCAGACGGACCUGCAAAGGUGCGCGAGUACAUUGCGCACCGGAAGCAGCGCGAGAAGCAGGUGCUGGAUGUGCUCGGGGAGGAGCGCGAGGGCGGCUGGACGGCUAUGGAUAUUGUGAAGAUUAUCUAUAAGGAUUAUCCUGAGAAUCUGUGGGCACCAGCGGAGAAGGGUGUAUUGCAGAUAUUGAGGAAGUUGGAGAGCGAGGGGAAGGUUGUGAAGGAGGGGAAUAGUUGGAAGUUGGUGGGGAUGGAAGCUGGGAGGCCGGCACUGUAG